CAAACAUUUGCAAUCAGUUGUUAAAGGUCUUUCGAAAUAUCGGUAAUUCAUUUGCAAUUUUAUCCAGUAAUCAGUUUCUGCUUCCCGUCAAACAUGCCGAGCGCUAGCCUCCAACUUGCUCUUUUAGCCCUCCUUGGCUGGAAGCUCGUUGAUAGUACUGCUCCCAACCCGGCGCAAGGUAGCUGCGAUUGGCCACUGGAUCCAUUCUUUGGAACGUAUGACAUGAACUGGGCGCAGCAAGUGAACAUGAUGAACUUGACCAAUGGAGUUGUGGGCAUUCCUCCUGACGUAGUCCUGGGCGGAGAACGUCAGGUGUUUAAUAAAACAGCAGAUGGGAGCAAAUACCAACAGUUCCUCAUUUACUCUGACCCAGUAUACAAUAAGCAAGUGGCGUUUGUCUGCGGAGUGACGGACACUUUGUCUCUCGGUGGUCCAGCAUCCUUGACGUACACCUUCACCAUGCUAGAUGCCAAAACUUUGCAGGGCAGUUAUACCAUCAGCGUGGCUGGCGUCGGUACGGUUGCCAGUUUUGUGGUGAAAUUCGCCUUCCAAGUUACUGGUGACUGCGGAUUUUUUGACACUGUGACCGUGGCUCCGCCGCAAAACUUUGUGGCAACGGCGCCCUUUGACCGCGUACAAGGUUAUCCAAGGACAUUUGUGGAGGUCCUCCAGGGAAUUCUGACCUGGCCUUUCUUCACUUGGUACUGCGCGUUCAAACCGUAAACAAUCGAUGGAAAAAGGAGUCUACUUUUGUAUACAGAUAUAAUUAAUGAAGCCUGCCUGCCAUUAAUCACCUUUUUCUUCAUCAAAAACAUCAAAAAAUUUUGUAACCUGAUUAAACAAACUGCACUGCUAUUAGUUGUGUUGUUAUUAAAUGUACAAUUGUUGGUGAUUUAUAAAUUAUAAGUAACUGGUUAUUGUAUAAAAAUUGUUGGAACAGCUGAUUAAAGUAGACCUGCAAA